ACACUUUAUAGCUGAGUGGUAACGCUGUUGGCUAUCAGCAAUCAGCUGUGCAGGGCUACAGCAUACACACAAGCAUAGCCUGUGCAGGGUUGUUUGACAAGCACUUUACAGCUGAGUGGCAACGCUGUUUUGCUUAGCACAAUGACAAAAUUCUUGGGUAUCAAUCGCCUGGGCCGACUGUUCCAGGCAAUACGCGAGGCCGGCGGCCUAAAGCAAGCCUAUCUGAAGCUAUACAGAAACGAUGAUCUGAAGACAGGCACGCUGAUUGGCAUCGACAAGUAUGGCAACAAAUACUUUGAGAAUCCCUAUUACUUCUAUGGCCGCAAUCGUUGGGUCGAGUUCGCUACCCAUGUGAACAUGGAUUACGACGGAUCACAGAUACCCGCCGAAUGGUUCGGCUGGAUGCACUACAAGACGGAUUUGCCGCCCAUUCGUGAUGGUUGCCGCCCCAAAUACAAAUGGAUCGCCGACCACAGCGAGAACCUCUCGGGCACCAAGGAAGCGUAUGCGCCAUACAGCACGACUCCGCAAAAGAUUGAGGCCUGGGAUCCCAAGAAGAAGUAGAUAAAGAUCCAUUUAAAACAAAAACACAACAUCGUUAGUCUAUUAUUAAAGUCGAGAGGAGAAACAACCCAAAAAAGAAGAAGAACGUGAAUAAACCUGCUUUUAAAGGA